CUGUCAAAGCAUAAAAUCAAUUGAAUGCCUUCAUAUGUAUAAAUUCAUAUGAUAUGAUAGAUAGACAUGAGAUAGAUACUACUGUUUUGAUGCAUACGUAUUAUUCAAUUAUAUCAAACUGUUGAAUUAUGAUGGGCACUUUUAUUAUUGUUACGGUUAUUAUUCUCUACUUAUAUGCAAUUGUUUUUAUGAUUUUAUUAAGUAGACUAUAAAUUAUCGUCAUUAUCACUAUCAUCAUCAUCAAAAUUAUUGUACUUUGUAUUUUUGUAAAAAAUAAUGAUGACAAUAACAAUAAUGUUUCUUUAUUUAAUGAAAUUAUACUAUUGAAAAUAGUAGUAAUCGAAAAAAACAAAUCUAUUUUUUUGCAAUUCAGUACACAUAAUGAAACUUAUUGUGGAGAUUAUUGUAAUUCUGUUAUUCACUUUACAAUAUGCUUCUGCUAUCAAAUGUCGAACAUGUUUACCCUGUGAAGAGAAAUACAAAAAGUUAUUCAAGAUUAGAGAAGAUGAAAUUGUAGAUAACUGCGGAGUUUGCAUUACUGCGUAUUCUACAUAUCAUGGUUAUGAAAUGGAAGGUCGUGGAUGUCUACCAAAGUGUCCAACGAAAAGUAAAUAUAAUGAGUUAACCCCGGGACUUGUUAGUAAAUUCGACUGUUGCUAUUAUGAUCUGUGCAAUUCGGCGAGCAGAUAUUCCCUUUUACACCUUCAGUUAUUAUGGUUGUCGUGUUUCCUAAGCAUAGGAGUCUAUCUGAUGAACAGAAUUAUUUCUUAAUAACCAGUAGCUCUGAGUCAUAAAUCAAGGUGAAUAGCUUUGCCAAAUGUCUUUCUUAAAUAAAAUCAAGUGGAAUUUUCUCAAUAUAUAUAUAUA